AAAUUUUCAAUUCUUACAUAAUCCCAACCACAAUUGAUAAAAUAUGAUGAAGCACUCCAUAACACAAUACAAAUGCAAGCUUAUUCCACAGGCAGGCUGCAGUUAAACGAUAUGCUCAACAGAUUCAGAGGCACUCGCACUUGCAUAUUGCACGGCAAUGGCUUCGAUUUUUACAGUUUCAGGUCUCAAUUUCUCUACUCAACAACCUCUACUCCUGCCCCGACCCAUUUCUUGGUUAAAUACCUUGUUGAUUCUCUCGGAUUUUCCAAUGAAGAAGCUGCUUCUACUUCUUCCAAGGUAAUUUCAUUGAAAUCCUUAAAGAAUCCCCAUUUAGUCAUCAAUUUCUUGAAACAAAACGGUUUCGACAACACCCAGAUGAAAAAAUUGGUUUCUAGAGCACCCAAAUUGCUAAUCCGUGAUGUUUCCAAAACCCUAAAACCCAAAUUUCAGUGCCUUAUGGAUCUCGGGUUAUCCGGGUCGGACCUGGUGAAUGUAAUUGCUAAAGAUGCAAAUAUUAUUGAUAGAGGUUUAGAUACUCAUUUGAGACCUACCAUUGAUUGCCUUAGGAGAACUUUGGGUAGUGAUGAAAAUGUAGUUAAGGCGUUAAAGAGAGGUCCUUGGUUGCUUACUUUUGGUCCUCAGCGUACUAUGGAGGCUAAUCUGUUGUUGUUGAGAAACUAUGGUGUUCCUGAUGAGAAAAUAAGAAAACUUGUGCUUUUAUAUCCUAAUUAUCUUACACAAAAGCCUGAGAGGAUUAAGGAUUUGUUGCAUAGACUGGAGAACGAUUUUCAAGUUCCGCGUGACUCCCCUUUUUUUCAUUAUGGAUUUCAAGUGUUGUCCUCGCAAAAGAAAUCUGCUUUGGAUAGAAAGAUUGGAAUUUUCAAGAGUUUUGGAUGGUCUGAUGAUGAUAUACUCCAGAUGUUCCAGAAGCUACCUUAUUGUAUUGGGCUCUCAGAAGUUAGAAUUCAGGAAAAACUGAAUCUUUUCAUGAAGGAGCUUGGUCUUGGACCGGCUUACUUGGUUUCUCAUCUAGGUUUUUUUAUCUAUAGUCUGGAAAAAAGGGUGGUACCUCGGGUGCAAGUCUUGAAAAUUUUGGACGAAAAGAAGCUUGAGAGAAGAAACUUGGCUCUUUCUAGUGUUCUGAGCAUAUCAGAGUCAAAGUUCAUACAAUUAUUUGUGCUGCCCUACAAGGCUGAGAUACCCGAUCUGUAUGAACCACUCCUUAAAAUUGUUGCUCCUUAGUAGUCUUUGGUUUACGUUUGGUACUAUGGGUGCUAAGAUCUUUCUAAAAUUUUCAGUUGUAAUUCAAUACAUUUUGGUUUAUUUCUGGUUGUGUUUCAUUUUUUCAUUUUGAACAUUUAACAACUAAAACCACAGGUCAGUGUUUCCAAACAUCAUUCAUGUAAUCAGGACAUAGUUUAUUGAACAGCUCAAGAAAAUUGUGGCUCCUUAGUAGAUUUUGCUUAUUUUUGACACCAAGGGUGCUGAGAUCUUUCUCAAUUUUCAGUUGUAGUUCAACACAUUUUUUGCUUUUCUGUUUUUCAGUUUGUAUUCGAUCCUUGUUGCCAAAAAUAAUUUAUGGAGUUGGGGCAUAGUUUCUUGAAAGACCUUCCUCAUAUUUACUUCAUGCAAAAUCAAGCUUGCCGUUUGAAGCUGCUUGGUUUCAACAGAUCUUGAGUAUAGCUUAUUCCCUUUGGAGUUACCAGCAAGUUUGUUCCAUAAGACAGUAAGUCAAAAUACUUGUUCUGCUACAA